GCCAACUAUCGCAUGUCCGGCCGAAACAACCCUGCUGCUUGGCUUGCAGGAAGAAUGUGUAAUUAUUACGAAAAGAAGAGUCAAAUGGAAGCGGAAAUAUAGUGGAAAACGAUUUGUGAAAGUGCAGCUGUGCACCGUCGCACCAAGUGAAAAGUGUGAAAGAGAACUGGCGUUCAAAGAGGAAUCGGACAAAAACAAACCCCACUUGGCCGCACAUUGGAAAUUAAAGCAGAUACGUUCCUGCCUACGCGCUUCGAAAUCUUAAGAGACUGAGUGACUGAGGGCCUGAGGAGGAGGCUUUCGCACAUCCUCAUUCUCGCCAGGCGCCGAGAUGGGCAAGCGCCUUCAACUGGAACGCCCGCCCACGGACCGCAGUGCUCGCAAGCGCAAGCGGUCGGCUAUCAAGGCCGCCGCAAAGUGCCCGCGCCUAAGCGGCGGAUCGAACAGCGCAAAUGGCUUCGAUUUUCAUGAGAACGAUGACGAGGAGUCCUCAUCCUCGUCGGGCUCGGCAGGUUGCGGCGACGGUGCCACCAGCAUGGAUGUGGUCGUCACCCCUACACUGAUGCAUACACCACAGGCACGCAGUCUGCUUCUUACCGGCGCCAGCUUUGCCAGCGACCAAAACAACUCGAGCGCCACGGAGUCGCCGCGUCCAGUUUACACACUCCGGCCUUCGGUGGUGAAUGGCACCAUCCUGCGAGAUCUGCUUUCAAAGGCCUGGCGCUUGGGAAGACCCAUAGGCAAAGGCAACUUUGGCGAAAUCUUCUUGGCCUCGGACGACACAGUCUGCCCGGCUAGCUCGGAUACCGCCAAGUAUGUAGUCAAGAUUGAGCCGCACUCCAAUGGACCCCUUUUCGUAGAGAUCCACUGUCUGAUCAACACCUCCCGAGCAAAGGAAAUAUCCGAUGGCGCGGAGGAAGCUGGCGCCAACCUACCGGUCCCACAGACCCAUGGCCUCAGCCAGGGUCCGCCUAGCGGGAUACCCAGCUACAUUGCCUCGGGUACGCACUUCUUCGGAGAUGCCCGCUAUCGCUUCCUGGUGCUGCCCCGCUUCGAUCGCGACCUACACUCGCUGAUCAAGAACUCGCGGGUGCAGCAAAAGUCCCUGCUAGUGCUCGCCAUUCACAUCCUCAAUGUGCUGGAGAAUCUGCACGACAAGGGCUACUGCCACAACGACAUCAAGGCCCAGAAUCUGAUGGUCUCCAAGUGCAAGUACCUCAAGAGGCAGGCGAUUCCCAAGGGCAAGGGCAACGGUUACGAUGAGCACUACGAGGAGAAGCAGCAGACCACGGACAGUGGCAACAGCUCGGAGCAGGAGACCAACGACGACGAGUACUACCUGAAGAGCGAGAAGUUUGCCCUGAAGCGGAUAGCAGACAUUGAUCGGGACGACGACGAGGACGAGGACUUCGAUGACGGCGCCACAUCGAACAGCAACAACAGCAACAGCCUGGACAACUACCACACGCCGGUGAACAAGAAGCGACGCGGACGCAAUCCGGUUGAGUUCAGUGGCUCGAAUCCAGUGCGCUCGUGCCGCCGCGACAAGCGCAACUCCAUGUACGAGGAGAUGGUGAAGUCGCACUACUUGCGCCCCACCAAGCGCAUCAGCUACCGCGAGGAGUUCAACGAGCAGGGCGAUCCCAUCAAGGCGAGCGAGCAGAACAGUGACGAAGAACCGCCCGAGUCGUCUGACAAUGAUUCGGAGGAGUUCAUCCCGCCCUCAUUGGUUCAAGUUCGUCGUUCAACCAUCAAGCGAGGCAGAGGCUCUCAGGCUGCGAGUGCCAAGAAGUGUUCGGUGUCAACGCGGUCCACCCGGCAUCAGGAGAAACAAAAGAUGGUGUCCUCCGGCGACUACAAAACACGCGGAAGCCGGGUAAGCAAGCACUUGGACCCGAACCCCACAGAGUACCAGUUCUUGCCCGUCGAGGAGGAGCAUGUAUUCCUCAUCGACUUUGGGCUGGCGUCUAAGUACCAGGAUCGCGGUGUCCACCGCCCCUUUAUCAUGGACCAGCGGCGGGCGCACGACGGCACGCUGGAGUUUACGUCGCGCGACGCCCACCUCGGCGCCCACUCGCGACGCAGCGAUCUAGAGUGCCUGGGCUACAACCUGGUGUACUGGUCGGAGGGCUACCUGCCCUGGAAGGACGUGGCCCAGCAGCAGCAGCAGGAGAAGGUGCACCGGGCCAAGGAGCUGUUCAUGACGGAUGUGCCGGAGAUGCUGCGCCAGUUCUACGGCAAGCAAGUUCCUAAGUAUUUGGGCGAGUUCCUGCAGCAGAUCGGUCAGCUGGCGUAUCAGGAGCGACCCAGUUAUGAGCGAUACCGCAAGAUAUUCCUGCGUGAGUACCAGCGCCUCGGAUUCGAUGCUAGCCAGAUGCGUCUGAGCAGCGAGGAGAUCCAGCGCACCUGUGUCUCCAUCAAGGACGAGGUGGACGGCAACAAGUGCGACAUCUUCGAGCUGAACAACAAGAUACCCCUGAAUGUGAUGCGCAACUCUGCGCUGAGCACUCCUUUCCAGGAGCACUCGCUCACGAAUCGCGUCUCGCCCAAGAACCUGCGCUCCAAGUCCAAUAAGAAGACGGCGAAAAAGAAGUUCUCCUGGGCGGAGGUGCUCUCCCAGGAUCCAGAUCAAAUUGCGCGCGAACGUGCCGUCAAGGAGUUUGAGCGGGAGGAGUCCAUCUGUCCCCUGCAAUCGCGUCUUCCUAAGCGUUAUGAGGGCAAGCCCACCUACGCCAUACUGGCCGUAGAGCAGAGUCGUCGCGACAAGGGUUUGGUUGUUCAAGAGCAUAAUCAAAAUGAAGACGAGGACGAAGACGAGGAAGAGGAGGAUGAAGAUGAAGAAGAGGAGGAGGAGGAGGAGAAUCUGGAGGCACAAGGUGAUGAGGAAGAAGACGACGAAGAGGAGGAGGAGGAUGAGGAAGAGGCUAUAGAUAGCGUCGAUGGCGAGGAUGAAGCGGAUGGUGCCAGAGCAUCAGAGAGUGACUGCUCUGACCAUUCCGAGCAAGCCAAGCGUGGUCGACCCAAGGGCAAGGCCCGCAAGCAGCCGGCUAAGAGCAAUCGCGUGGGGCGACCACCCAAGAAUCCGGGUGCCAUGAGAUUAGCCACCACCACCGGAGCUGCUGUGAGCAAGAACCGGUCAACGCCGCUAUCGGCCGUGGCCAGUAACAAACGUGGCUGCGCCACACGCAAGGAGAACGGCACUGGCACUGUGUGUGCCUCCGCCACCGGCGAGGGCGAGCGGAAACUGAAACUGAAGCCGAGCCGGUCGGCGGAGAAUCUGGAGAAACAGCAGCCACCACAACAACAACGUAAGAAGCGGCAGACGACACGCCGCUGUCUAUAUAAGACUGAAUCGCAUCUCGGCGGCGGGCACGAUGUGGAGAACAAUGCGAGCCUGCUGGACGUGCAAAACCUGUACGGCGAAUAUGACGAUGAGAACAGCUACGGCAAGGGGCGCAAUGUCCACUCGUCCAGGCAUUGUCGCAAGUGAUGGCCCGCAGAGGAUGACAGUUAGGAAUAGGAACUAGUGACGAUCGGAGUAGGAGAAAAGACGAGCGAAGAACAGAAAAGCUGAACAGAAGCACCCCAAUUCGUUUUCAAGUAUUUUUAGUGGUAAUUAAGUUACGAUACUUCCGAAACUCGAGCCACAGGAGUGAGAGCUGCGUCACGAUUCGAGGUUUUCGGUUUGUUAGGAUUUCAUAAGCAUUUUGAUUUGAAAAACUCGCUCAGCAGCCUAGGGAUGAGGAUGAAGAUUAUUGUUGAAAUAUAUAUUAUCCAUUCUAGCAUGUAGUCAGUCCCCCAAGCCCCCCUGUUUGUGUGAUUCGAAGGGUGUGCCGCCGGAGAAGUGCCCACCCAGUAGGUUACAAUUGGCCUUGAUAAUAGCAAAUCCUUGGAGUUUUAAUUUCGAUUUUAACUACUUUGCAAAUUGUAUGUUAGUUCGUUAGGUUAUUAUUAACGCCCCCAGAUGUAAGGACCCCGUUUCAGCCAACAUUUCAUGCGAAGGAAUGACGGUGCAUACUCUCCUCCACAAGUAUUUAAUAUAACUAGAUAAUGUUAUUUCGUAAACAUUGAUACAAGUCUAAGCUAGGAUAUGCGUGUGUAUAAACCAGCGGAAAUCAAUAAAUAAGAAGUGUAUUUCCUUAAAAAUUA